AUGACGACGCCCUCCCGCCAAAUUGAACAGCAAGGUCCUUCAGGGCUCCCAGAGUUAUAUAAAUAUGGCUUUGCCGUGGCAAAGCGCGCAGUCCAAGAGGACAAUGCGAAGCAGUGGACUACCGCAUGGGGGCUCUAUGAAGACGCAGCGCAUACUGUUUUACAACUGCUCCAGCACGAAAGAGAUCCGAAAAAGAUAGCAUUACUUCAUCUGAAAUGGGACGAAUAUUCGCAAAGGGCAGAAGAGCUGAGUCGUUUGGUUCGUGUUUCAAGAGUGGAUGAGUUGCAAACGGACGGCAUUGAACAGGUCACUUGCGAUACAGACAACCGCUUUGAGGCAGAUGCUGCCCAGAUUCCUUUAGAAAUCGAAAAAGCCGGUAGCCAGGAGAAAGACGACAUUACCAAUAGAGAGCGAUCAGAUUUGUCAGGCUCUCAAAUUGCGUCUCCCCAAGGACAUUUAGCGCCAUCCGAGAUUGAAGUUCUAAAGAGAUCCUCCAUCAUCAAUGGACGAUUAUAUCUGCCAUGGAUUGCAAUGGAUGAUAAAGAACGGUUUUCCUUUGAUGUACCCUUCAAAGACCCUCAAGGUCCACUAGUCCUCUCUAUGAUGCAAAGGGCUGCGUUUGCAGAAUGGAAAAGGGUGAGCGAAAUAUUCUCAGAACAUAGAAUGGUCCGGUCCAUGUGCGCUGGUGCUAUUGUACAGGAUCUUGUUACGGACUGCUCAUUCGUUGCAUCACUCUGCGUCAGCUCGGAAUACGAGCGCAAGUUUAAAAAGCAGCUAAUUACAAGCCGUAUCUAUCCGCGAAACAAAUCUGGUCAGCCUGUGUACAAUCCGAGCGGGAAAUAUAUGGUGAAACUAACUUGGAAUGGCGUUGUUGUGGAUGACUAUUUGCCAGUCGGGAAAGAUGGACGAUUACUUUGCACCUUCUCUCUCAAUCGGGAAAUAUGGCCUAGUAUCGUUGAAAAAGCCUACCUCAAAUUGCAAGGGGGCUACGGCUUCCCAGGAUCCAACUCAGGAAUAGACUUACAUGCGCUUACAGGUUGGAUUCCGGAACAUAUCUUCAUCAAGGAUGGGUCAUUACCCUCAAUGAGCAUCUUUCGAAGGCUGCAAGACGGGUAUCAAGCUGGCCAUGCCCUGAUAACCGUUGCUACUAGCUCGCUUCGCGAGAACAAUAUUGAGCAAUUCGGUUUGAUAGCUGGCCAUGCUUAUGCCGUUCUUGAUGUGCGAAUUGUGCAAGUUGGGGAUACACCGUACAACUUAUUGCAAAUCAAGAACCCAUGGCGGUCGAUGCAAAGAGAAAGCAAAAUAUUUACCCAGGAUCCUUAUUUAAGGCAGAAAAUUGCGCAAGCUCUGGCAGCAAGUGGUUUAGAAGUUGACGAGAAAACAGAUGGAAUCUUUUGGAUCGACUUUCAAAGCAUAUGCGACUGGUUUGAUACUAUCCAUAUAAACUGGAAUCCGCAUAUGUGGGAGCAUCGUUUUACGUUACACGCGGCUUGGCCAGUUAGCGGCCCUCGGAAGGAUAUAUUUAAUUUCGGCAGUAAUCCGCAGUUCUCUCUACAAGUUGAUGUUUCAAACGAAAAUUCAACCGCUGUGUGGAUUUUGCUUACCAAGCACAUCACUGUUACUGUAGGUACCAUGAUGGAGAAUAGCGAUUAUAUUACACUCCAUUUGUAUGGUGACUCCGGCGGCGAGAGAGUGUUCUACUCCGGUGAGCCUAUGCUGCGAGGAGUCUACGUAAACAGUCCGCAUGUACUGGUACGAUAUGCCGUGAUAUUGAAUGUCACCCUCUCUCAACACGAGAAGUCAUCCCGAACGCUCCAAUACACACUCACAGUAUACGCGAUGUCACCAUUUCGUAUUCAAGAGAUUCAAGACACCUAUCCAUAUUCUACUCAGGUUGUUGGUCAUUGGACAUCCACAACGGCGGGGGGAUCAUUGAACCACCCGACUUUUCAACUAAAUCCGCGGUAUAAGUUGGUUGCUCUAAAAGAAACUCGAAUUUUCAUCACCUUAGAAGCACCGAAAGAAUACCCUGUCAACGUGAAACUGAUCAGGGACGACGUACCCCUUAUCACGGUAACCAAAGAAACUAUCGCCUUGAACAGCGGGGAUUAUCGGAACGGCUUCUGUUAUGUGAAGGGAAACGACAUCCAAGGAGUAUACACUGUAGUGCCGUCUACUUUCCAACCUGGCCAGAUUGGUACCUUCAUACUCACGGUGCAGUCUACGGAACAAUUGUCCUUUUCAUAA